UAUUAAAAAAAUAUUAUGCAACAAGCCCGUCAGCACCGACGGAUGCAAUAAAAUAUACAUUUUGCAAAUUGUGCACUCUAUGAUUCUGUAGAAACAGCCGGCUCUAGCUAAUAUGGAGAUGCCCAAGAGCACAUCGGUCUUUAGAGGUGCGGCUAUGCAGAGCAAUCUUGAGGCUGGCACACCCGAGGCAACCGGUGUCCUUAAAGACAAAGACAUUGUAACAAGCGCUUCUACGUGGAAGCCGAUCAAAAAGUUUACGUAUCAGGACAAACGACGUGCAGCCUUCGUUUUAUCCAAGGCUCAUUCCUACACUGAGAAUACUUCUGAGAGAGAGGAACUGGUGAAGUGGGCCAAGUCAGUGCUCCCGAACUUCCAGCCAGCCAUAGCUGGUAAGAGACAACGCCCUUUUCAGGAACAGGUACCGCAAACCAAGCGGAUGAGGAUGCAAACGGCGUCCCGCUCGUUCGCCGACGUCACGAGGAACAGGAUCCUCAUUGGAGUCCUUGAUCGGGGCUCUACGAACGGUCAGGUUCCUCGAGAUCGCUGGAGAAUAGUGGAGAAUGAGCUGCAAGAUAGAUUUCUAAAUGUGUUUGGGUCAUUUGGGGGACUGCCGCCGAUAUGUGAGGAUGCGGGGUGGCAUCAAGGCAGUGUGAAAGCCAUCGCAUGUCAGGAUGUCCGCUCAGCAAUCUUAUACAAAAAGGCGGUCGCCUCCCUCGGCGAGGUGUACCCAGGAGCCAUGCUGGAAGCCGUUGAUUGGAAUAGGGUUCCCAGCAAGCCGCGAGCUAGAGUGUGGGUCUCUGAGAAACCUGCGGAGCCCGACAGAAUUCUCCGACUAUUGCAGGUGUGUAAUCCGCACCUUCCUACCGCCAAUUGGAAGGUGGCGAAAGUCGAGGAUGCCGUUGGAUUAUCAAGACAGAUAAUCCUCACCCUCGAUACAGAAUCUGCUGGAAUGAUCCUAAAGUCGGACGGCCUAGUGUGCUAUGGCUUCAAAAAAGUAGCCAUCAGGAUUUACAAGUCUGACACGAGGGGCAGACAAGUUGAAGCAGAGACGGCCCUGGAAGUGGCCGAGGCGAACCAAUCGGCAGCAGAAACAGUUGCGUUAGAGGACGACAUUUUGGACGGCUAUGUGUCCGAAGAAAGCGACCUUGCCAGAGGUCUUCGCAGUAUCGUUGUAGAAGAUCUCCUCUCGGAGUCGGAGUCGGACUCCGACGUGACGCUGUUGGCAGCUGAAUAAAUGAACUGCUCCUGUAGUUAAACCUCCACACCUAUGAAGCAGUACCAAAUCUUCUUCUUCAUCAUGCCGAAGGAGAAGUCGAUUUAGCCCUCAUCCUGGAACCUUGAAUCUGUACAAAACAGACAGGUGAUGACCUUAAUUUGAAUGUUUUUUUUUUAUAAUUUCAUAAUUAUAUAAAUAAGUUAAGAAUAAGUUUAAAUUAUCACUUAAUGGUAUCUACUAUAAUUUCAACCUUGUUUAUUACAUUUGCGGCUAGAUUUUCUAGCUUCAAUUAAUAAGAUCAAAUGAUCAAAA